AUGGCCGCCUCUCCUACAAACGGGUCGCUCACCACGACUCUGAGCCCAACUACAUCCUACGUCUCCAAGACUUACCGCCAAUCUUCCACACUGUUCCUGACGCGCAGGCUACCCGAGGCACUGACCACAAUCCUGCCCUUGAUAACGCCACCACAAUUAAGCUCGGAAGCAGCCCAUGGCGCCAUCGAGCCUGCCCCCGUGGCCAAGGCCUCUCGGAACACGAGGAUAAAGGUCUGGACACUCUACGUGGCCAUUCUGAACGCUAUAGUCGCCCUCGAGCCGGAUGAGGGUAAGGAGGCGUUCGGAUUGCAGGAGUGGAAAUCGAUAUGUGCCAAGGUGCGGGAUGGUGAUGUCUGGGAAGAGGUGGUAAUGAACGGCUAUCACGGCGUGGAAGGGGACGUAGAUUCUGAUGUUGUUAUUAAUCUGGCUACUCUGCUUUUGACCCACGCAAGAACACAGAACCUCAAUCAGAAGCGGUUAGAGAACUUCCUCGCCGCCUCGUCGAGCCCGAACCUAGAUCUGUCGAACCACUUCUCGCCGACGUCCCCCUGUGCUCAUUCCAGGCAUAAGUCACCGUCCAAACUUCGCAGUGGAGCCGACACGCCUCGUGACCUGAAUGCACGGGUCAAGAUCCUUGAGCUGUACACACUGCACGUUCUCAUCCGCAACAAUGAGUGGGACUAUGCGCGGGAGUUUAUCAGCGUGAGCUCGGUGCUCGACGACGAAAGGCGGGAGGCGUUCCUGCAGGCCCUGCAGAGUCUGCAAGAGGACCAUUUGGAGGCCGAGCGGAAGGAACGCGAAGAGAGGCAGCGACAGGAGGAGCAGCUACGACGGGACGCCGAGGAGGCCCGGAGGUUACGCGCAGAGAACGAGGACAGGGAGAAACGACGGCUUGAGGAGGAGCGCGCAAGGCGAGACGGGAGUGAGGUUGAUUAUGGCAUCGAUGCGACGAGCGCAACCGGAUCGGCAGGCGGAAGGGCAGCACGGCGAAACCCCAGCGGUGGAGGAGCCUCUCCCAACAAGAGCAAGGCCGUCGCACCGGCCUCUUUCGGGACUCGAGCGGCCGUCAUGUUUGCCAACGUACGUGCCAUGCUUGAGCGCAUGAGUGUGACCCUCCAGACCAAUCCGAUGCUGCUGAUGCGCUUUCUCGCGUUUAUCAUAGGGCUGGUCCUGAUGUUUGGGAGAAGAAACAUGCGUGAGCGCAUAGCUCGCAUAAUGGCGACGAGCUGGAACAAGGUCAAGGCGACGGCAGGUAUGGGGGUCAAGGUUAGCUACAUUUAA